GGUGUUUCCUCGGCGCAGCCCUGAUUUCUAGCGCUCUUUCUUGCCAAUAGGUGUCUCCUCUUUUCUAGCGCUAAGUGCGCGAGCUUGGCCUUGGCUGGGGCAGCCUCGCCGAGAUCCUGGCUGUGGAAACUGAGUAUAAAUGUGAGCACUUUGGGGGAUGGGGCAAGGUAGGGCCCUCAAACCACAAAGGACCCUUUGAGAUACAUGCGAUUUGGGGGGGGGGAGAUGAGGGAUGGCCCUCGAGGGAGGCAAAGCCACCCCUUGGGGCCUCUCAACAUGAAAUCUGGGGAUUCCUGUGCCUCUCCUUGAGCGCCAAGCAGAGUCAUAUGCCACCAGAUGUUCGAGGACCCUCCGCAGGCAGGGCAGUCAGGCUUGUGGUCAAAUGCUCCUGGGAGCACAGGUCUCUCCUAGGCCUGCCCUCUGUUUUUUAGAGGGGAGAGUCCCAAGUAAAAAAUGCUUCUGGAGAGGUUGGAAGGAACUGCCAACGUCCAAGCUGCUGCUUUAUGUAUGGUAAGCAAGGGGCAUCAGCGUUUUCCCUGAGCCUGCAUGGCCAGCCCAAUACUGGCUUAAGGCUCCCCUGCAAGUACCUGCCUGCUGUCCCAUUAAAGGAAUCAUCACAAUAACAAAAACCACCCCAUGGGCUCAGGCAGGUGUCUUUUUGACAACAGCUCAGGAAGGGAUGGUUAGCAUUCUCUCGGAUUAAGAUGGACAAUGCAGGAAAAAAAAUUGAGAGACACCUCUCCAAAUUCCUUAUCAGCUCUGAUGUGUAUUACUUACAAGUGUUGAAAGCCUGGUAUGCCUGUCAGUGCUGGUGUGCCCUCAGUUUUAAGAGCAGAUAUCCUUCUCACACGCACUUUAAGGGAAAUGCUAGUUUCUUGCACAAGACAAAGAAAUGUUCCCUUGCUGUGGAUCCGCAGCUCCCACAGAUGAGCAGCUUUGGAGAGCUCGCAUCUGUAACAGAUGAGCUGGAGCCAGUAAACUCAGCACAAGAGGACCAGCAUUUUCGGAGCUUAGAUGUCCCACGUAGAAAGACUGAAAACUCUGGAUGCAGAGCAGGGAGGCAGAUGUGGCUUGUGCUUCAUAUCAUCUCAAUCCAAAGUGUUGAAACCUCAGCAAUCUUUUAAUGUCUAUAUAACCAGCUCUUGCUAUGAGAAAAGUUUAACAAUACUUUUGGUGUCCUUAUUUCCCUAAAUGUUUGUCACUACUCUAGAAAAGGUAGGUCUGUCUAAGUUUAUAUUUCUUUACUUGGAGAGUCAGUGUAAUAAAUAUUUUUUCUCUUCAGAAGAGGAAAAAAACAUUGAUGGAAGUAGUGAUUAUUUUUUCAUAUUUCCAACUUGGAAAAUAAGCUUGAAAAUGCCCUGGUUAAGGGGCCAUAGAAUGGGGCUAGUAAUAUUCUUUAAACAAUAUUGGCAUAUUUUAUAGGGCCUAUAAAAUUGGGCUAACUGGGAGGUGGAUCCCAUCUUGUGCACUGGCAGGCCGGUGCACAGCAGCAACAGUGUCUGCAGGUCUGGGUCUGCCAUUGCUGAGGGGUCCAGGGAAGUCAGCCUAUGUCCGUCCGGUGGAGGCCGUGACUGGUGCCUCAGCUGCCCUCUGAGUCCUAAGUGAUCACCACCAUUCCUGGUUUAAUGAGCAUCUCAGGAGGCUCCUUAGGCUCUGCACUGCCAUUUGUGAAGGCCCUGUGCUGUUCUCCCCUGGAGAAUGCCUAGAAAUGCAGGCCUGUAGGUAGCCACCCUGUCAAAGCUGCGCCACAGAAUGCCCCACGGGCUCUUCAGGGCUGAACAAAGAGCACCCUGUUCUCCCGCCAUUUAGCUUCUUGGCAUUGUUUCCUAAUCCAGAUUAGAAAAUGCCACAGCGCCUGCACCCUGCUUUAUCAUACCCAGCAAUGGAGCUCUGUAUCCCAUUAACAUCCCGCAGCCUCUGGAGGAACUAGUCCAAGCUAAACACUUCAAUCAAGACAGGAGUGUCUGCGGAACUGGCAAAUGGGAGUCCAGAUUGCAACUACAUAGGAAGACAGGCUGUCCGGCUGCAGGACCAGGACCGCAAAGUGUGCCUUUACCCUGCUGCUGGCUGUGUCACUGCCUGGGUGGGCAACUAGGGUGUGAAAGGAGCCGACCUACCUCCUGAAGAGCUUAGGGCCUGAGCUUCCCUCCUGUGGGCUGGUAGGUGGAGGUGUGUGUACUCUGAAUGGUGCAAGCAACAGUCGUGCAAAAAGCUUUAGUCUAAGCAGGUGAGAGGGCUGUUGUUUGUGUAUAAUUUUUCGGUGGUGCUGAAAGUAUGGCUGAAGUUAGAAAAAGAAAACAAAAGGAGAGAAAAUGAAAUGUUGAGGCUUCUCCACACAAAACACUUUAUUUGCUCAAAGGUCAGCAGAAAAGCAAACUAAAACAAAACAACCCUCCAACAAGCAUCUCAAAGUGAGAACUAUUAUUAGAAACUAAAUGAGGCCAAACUGAACCCUAGUUUAUCACGAGAGAAAACCAUGGCCACUGGAAAAGGGUCCUGGGAGGAGUGGCAAGUCCACGUGAGGCCCAGGUUACCGCCUCUGAAAAAAGCUCUCCCCAGGGCUGCAGGGCCCUAGGGCUGAAAGGAGGCCUGAGCUUCGUGGUGGCAAAUGUUGACACUGACCUCCAUCCUCCCUCCCUGCGCUCAGGCCCAGCUUCGCUCUCAAAUCCAGGCCUCCAUUUUCCUGGUAUUCCAGAUGUUGCCUUCACAUGGUGCCAAGACACAAGGAAAGUUAGAACAAAAAGCUGGGAGAAACAGGAAAGAGUGGACCGGGCGCCACGGCGCAGCCUUUCCUGACUGCUGUGUAUGCCAGCGGCUGUGCGGGGCCUGGGUAAACCCCCUUCCGGAGCCCGAGCCUUUGAGCUUAAAACGACUCCACAAGGAUAGCAAGAUCCUUGCACAACACUACAGCUAUGCAUCGUCCAACCUGAGCAACGCUCUGCCUCUUCCUGUGACACACACCUCCCUGCCAGCUCCCUGCCAUGACCUGCAGACAUCCACGCCGGGCAUCUCAGCUGUCCCUUCAGCAAAUCACCCCCUAGGGUAUGGAGGAGCUGUGGACAGCGGGACCUCGGGUUACUUUCUGUCUUCUAGCAACACACGGCCCAAUGGGGCCCCUGCCCUAGAGAGCCCUCGCAUCGAGAUCACCUCGUACAUGGGCCUGCACCAUGGUGGCAGCCAAUUUUUCCAUGAGGUAGAGGUGGAGGAUGUGCUCCCCAGCUGCAAGCGGUCGCCGUCCACGGCCACACUGAGCCUGCCCAGCCUGGAGGCCUACAGAGACCCCUCAUGCCUGAGCCCGGCCAGCAGUCUGUCCUCCCGGAGCUGCAACUCUGAGGCCUCUUCCUAUGAGUCCAACUACUCGUACCCAUACACUUCCCCCCAGACAUCCCCAUGGCAGUCACCCUGCGUGUCUCCCAAGACCACGGAUGCCGAGGAAGGCUUUCCCCGAGGCCUGGGGGCCUGCCACCUGUUGGGCUCCCCGAGACACUCCCCAUCCACUUCACCCCGCACAAGUGUCACCGAGGAGAGUUGGCUAGGGGCCCGAGGCUCCCGGCCCACAUCCCCUUGUAACAAACGGAAGUACAACAUCAACGGCAGGCAGCCAUCCUGCUCCCCACACCAUUCACCCACACCAUCCCCACAUGGCUCCCCACGGGUCAGUGUGACUGAGGACACCUGGCUGGGCAACUCCACCCAGUACACCAGCUCAGCCAUCGUAGCAGCCAUCAAUGCCCUGACCACAGACAGCAGUCUGGACCUGGGUGAUGGCAUCCCUGUCAAGUCCCGCAAGACAGCCCUGGAGCACUCGCCCUCGGUGGCCCUCAAGGUGGAGCCCGCUGGAGAGGACCUAGGCACCACCCCGCCUACGUCUGACUUCCCAUCUGAGGAGUUCACCUUCCAGCACCUUCGGAAGGGGGCCUUCUGUGAGCAGUACCUGUCAGUGCCACAGCCCCCGUACCAGUGGGCCAAGCCCAAGUCGCUGACCCCUGCAUCCUACAUGAGCCCAUCUCUGCCUGCUCUUGACUGGCAGCUGCCGUCCCACUCCGGCCCCUAUGAGCUGCGGAUUGAGGUACAGCCCAAAUCUCACCACAGAGCUCACUACGAGACAGAGGGCAGCCGGGGGGCCGUGAAGGCAUCAGCCGGAGGACACCCCAUUGUGCAGCUACAUGGUUACUUGGAAAAUGAGCCACUCACUCUACAGCUGUUCAUUGGGACAGCGGACGACCGCCUACUGCGGCCCCAUGCCUUCUACCAGGUCCACCGGAUCACAGGGAAAACGGUUUCCACUACCAGCCACGAGGCCAUCCUGUCCAACACCAAAGUCCUGGAGAUCCCGCUGCUGCCGGAAAAUAACAUGCGAGCCAUCAUCGAUUGUGCUGGGAUUCUAAAACUCAGAAACUCUGACAUUGAGCUGCGGAAAGGGGAGACUGACAUUGGGCGGAAGAACACCAGGGUGCGGCUGGUCUUCCGAGUCCACGUCCCACAGCCCAAUGGCCGGACGCUGUCCCUGCAGGUCGCCUCAAACCCCAUUGAAUGCUCCCAGCGGUCCGCCCAGGAACUGCCCCUUGUGGAGAAGCAGAGCACAGACAGCUACCCAGUCAUUGGUGGGAAGAAGAUGGUCCUCUCUGGCCAUAACUUUCUACAGGACUCCAAAGUCAUUUUUGUGGAGAAGGCUCCAGAUGGCCACCAUGUCUGGGAGAUGGAGGCAAAGACGGACAGAGACCUAUGCAAGCCAAAUUCCCUAGUGGUUGAAAUACCACCUUUCCGCAACCAGAGAAUCACCAGCCCUGUCCAAGUCAGUUUCUAUGUCUGCAAUGGGAAGAGAAAGAGAAGCCAAUACCAGCAUUUCACCUACCUUCCUGCCAAUGUUCCAAUUAUAAAAACAGAACCCACCGAUGACUAUGAGCCUGCCCUGACGUGCGGACCCAUGAGCCAGGGGUUAAGUCCUCUCCCAAGACAGUACUACAGCCCACAGCUUGCGAUGCCGCCUGACCCCAGCUCCUGCCUUGUGGCCGGCUUCGCCCCAUAUCCACAGAGGAGCACCAUGAUGUCCACACCUCCCAGCUCCAGUCCAAAGCUCCAUGACCUUUCUUCCGCAGCCUACACCAAGGGCAUUGCCAGCCCGGGCCACAGUCAGCUUGGACUUCAACUGCAGGCUGCAGAGGCCCCCACCGUUCAGGAAGUGCCGAGACCCAUGGCCGUGCAGCCCGGCUCACCCAAGCAGCCCCCUCCAGUCCUGCUGCAGCCGCAGGUGAGUCCACAACUGAGCAGUAGCUGUUCCCUUGGUUACCAACAAGCACUCUGUCCCAACAGCCCCUCCUCUCCACUUUCAUCCACUACCCAUGAGCCAACCUGCUUGCAGUCCUCAGCCCACCCUCCCGCCACGGGCCAGCAGCAGCACCAGUCACCGAAGGGUCGAAGAAACGAGUCUCCAGUCACCGGGCCACUGUCACUGCCAGAGGUGCGUGAGGACAGUAAUCAUAAUUUGGCCCCUAUUCCUGUAACGAUCAAGCGAGAACCUGAAGAGUUGGACCAGUUGUACCUGGACGAUGUAAAUGAAAUCAUACGCAACGAUCUCUCCAGCACGAGCCUCCACUCAUAGGUGGCCACGUUGGAGCUGGCAGAAGCUUUGUGGACUCGGCUCAUGGGGACAGCUGAGCCUCAGCGAGGGGGACUUGUAAUGAAUUGAACUGAACGCGCCCUGGUACCACUCCGAACUUCCGACUGACUGACGCUAGGAGCUUGAGUCCACGUGUACACAGAAGGAGCCCUCUACCAAGGAGGGAGGGAGGCAGGCCACCGUAUCUCCUGAAUAAACAGCCAUCUCACGAACACAGAAGGGUGGGCGAGGCCAGGGAUGGGCUCUCACAGGUAGAGCCUGGCAUGCAAGCAGCCCCAAGCCUAACUCUCCCACACCCUGGAUGUCAAUACUGGAAGAAGUGCCUUACUUACUCAGACCACCACAUCAGGGCAUCAUGGAACUGAACAUUGGAUUUACUACCACGAGAGUAUUUGUAGAAGCAAAAGCUAUAAAAACAUUUCAUUAUGAGGCUUUAUCCUUUGUAUAAAUUCAGAGAAUUCUGGCAAGCCAGCCAGAGUUGUGAGAAACUUACUAUGACUUCCUGCUUACUUCAGCUUUUCCUGGGCUGUACUAUACAAUUCUGUUGCCUUAUCCAGUGCAUUUUAGAGAUAUUCCAAUCUGUCAUCUCAGCCCUUUCAUGCCGUAGUCCCUCCUCUGUGUGACUAAAACCAUAGGAUUAUUAAUAGUAGCAUGCUGGGAAUUCUUGUUUUUAAUCUGGCUUUGAACAUAGCACAAGGAAGUUAAAUAGCACAAAUAGGAUACUGGACAAAAAGGAAACCUGUCUGUCACAGGAUAGAUUUGCAUUUGCAUGUGUGUAAAUAUAUAGGCAUAUAUUUAUGUAUCUGUAGUCAGUGACAGAGAUGGUGGUGAUCAGUCUGUGCCCAGCAGGGCUUCCAUGUUAGCAAUAAUCAGUAUCCACCUUGGAGAACGCACCUGAGUCUACACCUGGUUUCCAUCACCUUCCUGUUGAGGUUUGUAACCCAAUAGCAGUAGGUGACAUCUUCUCUUUUCAUGCAGUUACAGAGCACUUUAGAUUGUGUGGCUGUGCGUUCUAAUGCCUGUAGGUUACCACAUAGCAAAAUUGGGAAGUAAUUGUAAAUAAAAUUACAACGGGAGUGUAAUAUAUUUGUCCAAUUAUAGGAUUGUUAUUUCACAGAAGCCUUAUAGCUAGCUCUCUGCUUCAUCUAAGAAAACAAUUACCAAAUACUAUGUUUUCAGAUGUAGCUACUGUGUAUGUAAUGUGUUGUCAGACUAGUUACUGUUAACAGAUAGGUUAAUGUAGGCUUUCCUUCUGCAUUUUGUAUAAUUAACGGCUUAUUAUACACUAUUACUAGUAAUGACCUAUUGUUUCAUAUAACCAAAAAGCAUGGUUUAAUUAAAACAUGUUUAAACCUAAUACAGUACUUGUGCCUUAGGAGUUAACGCCCCCUUAUGGAAAAUGCCUGAAUUGCACCUUGGGUGGAGGUUGAAAGCUACAGUCACAGACAGGAAGAAUCAUCUUUAACAUAUUUGUGUGUAUGACUACGUCUUACCUUUUCUAACUCACAGAAGGAAGGAAAACUCUGAAAGCCAUAUCUGAACGUUUGGACACGACUGUGAAGAGCUGCUGUGCGACCACGUUGUACAUAGGCUCCUGCCCGCCCGCAGGCCUCUCCCCUGCAGCCCAGAUAUUUGCCCUGUGUUAACCGUCAUGGAGUUGCAUGAACCAUUUCUGAGUAGACUGUCACCUGAAAAGAGGUGUUUGAUAUUUGUGUCGGCUAUCUUUGUAGUUAGAAAAUGGAUCCAAUAAAGCAGUUUUUUUUUUU